AUGAUGACUAUGAGCUCUAUAUCGGACACUUUGGCCCCGCCAGACCCCUCCAAAUCGGCGUUUUUGGAGUUCGGCGGCCACGGCUACCCCGGACACCAGCAGCCCUCCCCAGGCCUAUCCCACUACCCGGUCCACGGCCUGCAUGCGGUCGGCCCCUCGCAGCACCACGGGCAUUUCUCCUCCGGCGCGGCGACGUAUGGUCGCCCCCUGGGCUACCCGGGCUAUCACAGCCCAGUGAGCGCGCACCACCCCGGCACCUACCUAUCCUAUCAGCACGGAGGUCACGGCGGCCCGCCCGGACACAGCAGGCUGGAUGAUGCGGAUCACGAGAAGCCCACAACGGUGAUCGAGAACGGGGAGGUGCGGCUGAACGGGAAGGGGAAGAAGAUUCGGAAGCCCCGCACCAUUUACUCUAGCCUGCAGCUCCAGGCCCUCAACCAGCGCUUCCAGCAGACCCAGUACCUUGCUCUGCCCGAGAGGGCAGACCUGGCGGCCAAACUGGGCCUGACGCAGACCCAGGUGAAAAUAUGGUUCCAGAACAAACGGUCCAAAUACAAGAAGAUCAUGAAGAAUGGGCCGUGUGGACCCGAGGGAGACCACCUGGCCCCCCAGCCUGCGUCCUCCUCCUCCCCCUGCUCACUGUGGGACAUCAGCAUGGCCGCCAAAGGCGCGCCAGUGCACUCUGGAGGAUAUAUGAACAAUUUCGCUCACUGGUACCCGGGACACCAGCAGGACUCCAUGCCGAGGACUCAGAUGAUGUGACGCAGCACUUAAGGAUACAUUUAUGGAUUUAUGCCAGCGAGCUGACUGGAGCUGUUAGGGACACACAGACAUUGUCGUGGAUGUGAGACGCACUGGAGGCAGAAAUAACGUAACGGGCAGAGAUCAAUUGCA